UCUCUACAAUCCUUUCUUCAUCAUCUCUCUCAUCUUCAUACGAUCAUCAAAUAACCAACAAUGCCAACAAGACCAGCAGGACCAGUAUCACAAGACUGGGAGCCAGUAGUCCUCCACAAGACCAAACCAAAAGCAACAGUCCUACGAGACUCCAAAUCAAUCCACCAAGCCAUCCGAGCAGGCGCACAGGUCCAAACAGUGAAGAAACACGACGGAGGAACGAACAAAAAGGCUCCGGCGACCGCGGUUUACGCGAGAAAGCUCGACGAGGCGGAGCAACCGGCGGCGAUUGACCGAGUGGCGACGGAGGUGAGGCAGCUGAUUCAGAAAGCGAGGAUUGAGAAGAAGCUGAGCCAGGCGGAUUUGGCGAAACAGAUAAAUGAACGGCCUCAGGUUGUUCAGGAGUAUGAGAAUGGAAAAGCGGUUCCGAAUCAGAUGGUUUUGGCGAAGAUGGAGAGGGUUUUGGGUGUUAAACUUAGAGGAAAGAUUCAUAAGUGAUUUUAUAUAAUGAAGGUUUAAAUCUAGAUCAUAAAUGCUGUAAAGUUGAUGUGUGUUUGUGUUGUUUGUUAAGGAAGUUGAUCAGCAGAAUCUUUGUCGUUUAUGUGAUUUGGCAGCAAGUUUCGUAAUCAGUUUGAAUUGUUUUGGUUUUGUUGAUA